AUGGCACUCUUAAUCAAACAUGUUUUGUUUGGUGGGAUUUGCUACUCCGUGGAGUUGCUGUUUUCUAGUUGGGUAGUAGAGGUGACAGAUGGGAGCAAGUCAGAUGAUGAUAGCCAUGCUUUCCUCAUACUUAGUAGAGAGGAUUCUACAAUGAUAUUGCAAACGGGUCAAGAGAUCAUGGAGCUGGAGAAUAGUGGCUUCAACACAAUAUCACCCACCAUCUUUGCUGGUAACCUUGGCAACAAUAAAUACAUUCUCCAGGUAUCACCAAGUGAGGUGCGACUACUGCAAGGAGCUGAAGAGAUUCACAAGGUAGAGUUAGAGGCUGGAACACAAGUGAAACACUGUUCAAUUGCUGACCCAUACACACUGUUGCUAACGGAAACUGGAGAGUUGGUCAUGCUUGAACUAAGAGAGGAAAGUUCUGGUAGUGAAGUGAAGUUGAGCCUCCUACAUCCAAAUAUUGAUCAGUCAUCAAAAUCCUCAUCAAUUUGUACAUAUAAGGAUUUGAGUGGAAUGUUUACAUCAAAGCUGGAGAUGGAAGAAGUGACAAAGACCAGUGAAUCAAAGACACCAAAGUCAAGCUUCCUAGACACUGGCAACUUUAGCUUCAAUCAAAGCACAGUGGAUGACGAAGAUGAACUUCUUUAUGGUGAUAGCACUGGAGAUAUAUUUGGAGACACUACAAAGACAGAGGAAGAGAAAGAAAUGCCCUCAAGUGAAUCAGCAACGAAGAAAGUUGAGCCAACUUUCUGGGCUAUUGUAGGUAAAGAAAAUGGCAAGCUUGAGAUCUAUUCCAUGCCAGAAUUUAAACUGAGUUACUGUGUACGAGAUUUUCCAGUGGGAAAUAAGGUUCUUACAGAUAAUACGACAGAUCUUGGCCAAUCAAGGACAGGCAUGGAGAAGUCACAUUCCGACUUGCCAGUUGUCAAGGAGCUGAUGAUUGUAGGCAUGGGUUACAAACAAACUAGGCCCUAUAUAAUGGCUAUUGUUGGUGAUGAACUUUACAUCUAUGAAGCAUUCCCAUAUAAUGGUGCCCCUGAACUUGACACAUCUCACCUUAAGCUGCGCUACCACAGAGUGUCCCAUGGGCUACUAAUACGAGAGAGGAAGCAAGGGAUGACAAAGAAGAAAGGAGAAGAUGAUGAGGAAGAAAAGGAACAAGGAAAAUACUUGACACAAUUUACUGAUGUCUCGGGAUACAAUGGUGUAUUUGUUAGUGGUCCCUGUCCCUAUUGGCUGAUAAUGACCACCAGAGGGAGCCUGCGGUGUCAUCCUAUGAGCAUUGAUGGCUGGAUCACAUGCUUUGCACCAUUUCAUAAUGUCAACUGUCCCAAAGGUUUUCUCUAUUUCAACAGACAGGAUGAGCUAAGAAUAUCAGUGCUCCCUACUCAUCUGUCAUAUGAUGCUCCAUGGCCAGUUAGAAAGGUGCCACUUAGAUGUACCCCACAUUAUAUACAGUACCAUCAGGAGACUAAGAUUUAUGCAGUGGUAACUAGUACCAGUGAGCUCUGCAAUAAGAUCUGCCGCAUCAGGGAUGACGAGAAGGAAUAUGAACAUAUAGAAAGAGAUGACAGAUACAUCUACCCCACUCUUGAAAAGUACAGCAUGCAAUUAUUCUCACCAGUCAGCUGGGAAGUCAUUCCAAACACAAAAAUUGAAACAGAUGAGUGGGAGACUAUAAUCUGCCUUGGUAUUGUUUACCUGACCAGUCAGGGAACUAUAUCAGGUCUCCAUGGUUACCUUGCAUUUGGCACUAAUUACUCCUAUGGUGAAGAAGUGGCAUCCAGAGGAAGGAUGUUUCUCUAUGACAUCAUAGAGGUUGUCCCAGAGCCUGGGAAGCCACUUACUAAGAACAAGUUGAAGAUGAUAUAUGACAAGGAGCAGAAAGGACCAGUAACUGCAGUGGCCUCUGUUGAUGGUGACUUAGUUGCAGCAAUAGGCCAAAAAAUCUAUAUAUUCCAAUUGAAAGAUGACGAUCUGAGUGCUGUUGCAUUCAUUGACACCAAUGUUUAUAUCCACUCCAUCCAAGUGAUCCACAACAUUCUUUUAGUGGCAGACAUCAUCAAGAGUGUCUGUGUGCUGAGGUACCAAAGUGACAUGAAGGUGCUCUCCAUUGUAAGCAGGGAUAUUAAACCAAUGGAAGUGUUUGGAAUUGAGUUUCUAGUUGACAACACCCAGCUAGGAUUCGUAGUUGCAGACAAGCUAAAGAAUCUCAUGAUCUUCACCUACAGUCCAGAAGCACGUGAGAGUCAUGGAGGUCAAAGGUUGGUACGCAAGGCAGAUAUUAAUAUAGGAAGCAAUAUGAAUACAAUGUUUAGACUACGCUGCAAGAUAACGGAUCCAUCCACAUCUAAACGAGCCAGUGGUGUAGUUGAGAAGAAACAUGUAACAUUUAUUGCAUCCCUGGAUGGCAGUAUAGGAUAUGUGCUACCAAUUAAAGAAGCUGUAUAUAGGAGAUUACUUAUGUUGCAGAAUUCUCUUAACAUCAACCUUCAGCAUAUAGCAGGCCUCAAUCCAAAAGCAUUCAGAAGCUAUAAACAAAGUCAUAAAACAUUGAGCAACCCUCAGAAAUGUAUAUUAGAUGGUGAACUGGUCUGGAACUUCCUCAAUCUCAGUGUUAAUGAGAGAAAUGAGAUCAAUAAAAAACUUGGAACUACCACUGAUCAGUUAUUGGAUGAUCUCACAGAAAUAGACAGAAUAACAGCCCACUUUUAGAGAGCUCCAAACAUACACCUUUUAUGAGAGAAUCUUCAGGUGGGCCUUUGCAAUGUGACUACUAACUUCCAGACUACAGGCCUAUACUUCUUGAAUAUGAUUUUAGGAAAUAGUGAGACUCUGUAUAACUUUAAGUGUAGAGGAUACAUUGCCAUGGAAAUGGAGACUCAGAUCACAUAUUGCUGGUGAAGCUCAAGAAAUGCAACUACAAUAGGAAAUAUAAUACAGUGAACACAAGUGGACACUUCCCAUUUGUAUAUGACCAGGAAUUGGGAAUCAAGGUGUUAUUGAAUUGCCUAUAAUGUCAUUUUGACUUAGUUGCCAUUCCUGUUUGGCUGACAGAAUACUGGUAUUUAUAUCAAGGCAUCACAUAGAGCCCUUGGACUAAUUGUUUGUGGAGCUCUGCAGUAACACAUAUCUCAUUUAUAUAUCAUACUGUCAGUGGUGUAGUCAGGAACACAAAAGCGACGAGUUGAAAAAUAUUUUAAAA